GAAAAUUAACUGAUUUUACAUUUUCGAAAAAAUGUAAAACGAACUUUAUAUUGUCAAGGUAAAUUGUGUUAUUGAGACCGCACAAAGAAACACAAAAAUAUCUUGUAUAUUGUUACUGAUUGUUACUAAUAAACAGGAAUAUAAAAAAUGACUGGAACAGUAAAUGAAGAUGACAAUGUUGUCCCUUCAACAGAGAAGGCAUCAAACAAUCCAUUGGAACAAUUUGUGUUACUUGCUAAAACAGCAAAAGGUGCUGCAGCAUUGGAAUUAAUAAAACAAGUUAUUGAAACACCAGGUGUUCAUGUAUUUGGUGAAUUAUUAGAUAUGCCAAAUAUAAAAGAACUUGAUAAUAGUCCACAUGCUGAAUAUUGGAAUACUCUUAAUCUAUUUGCAUAUGGUACAUACAAAGAUUAUUUAAAAAAUAUUGAUAAUUAUUUAAAGUUAACACCUGUACAACAAAAAAAACUUCAACAUUUGACAAUUGUAACAUUGGCUGAAAAAUCAAAAUGUAUACCAUAUUCAGAAUUAUUAGAAGAACUUGAUAUUAAAAAUGUACGUGAUUUAGAAGAUCUUAUUAUUGAAGCUGUUUAUGCUGAUAUUAUUCAUGGUAAAUUGGAUCAAAAAAAUUCACAACUUGAAGUUGAUUAUGCUGGUCUUGGAAGAGAUGUUAAACCAGGUGAAACACGUGAUGUUGUUGAGACAUUAGCACUUUGGGGUGAUACUUGUAAUACUGUAUUGGCAUGUAUUGAAGAUCAAGUUAAAAAAGCUAAUAAUGAAAAACAUAAAGCUACUUUACACAAAGAUCAACUUCAACAAAAUAUUGCAGCAAUUAAAAAAUCAAUUGUCUCACAAGUACAAGAGGCUGAUGUUGCUGGUGGAAGUUCUGGUGAAUUAAAUCGUGAAGCUAUGUCAGUUCCAUCAGAAUCCAAGAAAAAACAACAAAAGACCAAAGGUAUUAGAGGCAGUGGAAAAUUUUGGAAAUAAUAUGUUUAUAAGUGGAAUUUUUUUAUAUUUUUAUUAUAAAUUAAAUUCACCACUUGAAGCUAUUGGAUAAUUAACAUCUUGAGUUUUAUAUUAACACUUGUUUCAUGUUAAUUAAUUGUAUUCUUUUUUUUUCUUAUUACUUUUCAAUAAAACAAUUAAAAUAUUAUAAAAUAAAUAAAUCAGCUAAAUAAAAGUUUAAUG